UGCUUCUUUGUGAAUACUUCUCCAUUAUAAUUGCCCUCUUUUCCACCUCGUCUGGCGCCGGCCGAUUGAUUUGUCGUCGCUUUCUCUCCUCCUCUGUUGUUAGCUACUUAGCAAGUUUUCACAAUCUGGUAAUCAAUUGACUCAGCCGGUGCUCUAUCUUUCAAAGCAUUCCUUAAUUAGUCGCAUAAGCUCUUGAAUCAUCAUGGCCGACAAGGAAAUCAAGGAAGGCGACCAGGUUUCAUGGCAGUGGUCUGGUGGCCGGCCUGGAGGUACUGCGGAAGAAGUCAAGGAGCAGGGCGAGAUUGCCAUUCAAUCGAACAAAGGCAACACCAUCAAGAAGAAUGCAAGCCCGGACAAUCCGGCCGUGCACGUCUCCCGGCCGGGAAACGACGUUGUGAAGCGGCAGAGUGAGCUUGAUGUAGAAAAAGAAGGGCCGAAGCACAAAGACGAGGGUGGGGAAGGAAAGGCGGACAAGGAGGAAAAGAAAGAGCAAAAGAAAGCGGAUGCGGAGGAGGAGGAGAAAAAGGAAGCUAAAGAAGAAGAGAAGAAAGAGAAGGAACAAGAAGAAGCAACUGCUGGCGAAAAGCGCGAGAGAGCCGAAGGAGAUACUGGCGACGCGGAGAAAGAUACGAAGCGUCAAAAGCAGCCCGAGGAGACCAAACAAAAUGGGGUCAACGGCGAGAAGAAACAAGAAGCACCUGCGAAGAAAGGCCCUGGACGCCCGAGAAAGGAUGCAGCGAGCUCCACUGCAGAGAAGAAGACAGAAACGAAAUCCGUGCCCACUGGCGAUAACAUUGGCAGUCGGACCCGCUCAAAGGCUAAUGCUUGAAGAUGAAUGCAUUGAAAUCACUUCAGUCCUCCUCAAAAAGCCUUGGUCGCUUAUAUCUGCGUGUUUAUUAUUAAUUAUAUUUCUUUUUCUUUGAAAUCUAGGAUAUACGGCGCUGUAAAUGGCAACGAUUAAGCGUCUCGAGUAAUGGCAAUAUUUCUUUUUUUUCCCCUCCUUCUGAUUCUGUAUCGUCAGGUGUAUAAUUCCCGGAG